GAAUGGAUAUUAAUAGUCUUAGCUAUUGGACAACUCUCUCCGUGGGCAUCAAAAAUAUUAAAUGAUGGGGCGGCGUCUUCGAAAAAUGGCGAUCAUGAUCGUGACAUAUUUUACGGGGUUGUUGGUAUUAUUUUUGCAACUUUGCUAGGUCUUGCUGGUUGGGUCGGUAUGACUGCAUUGAUUAUUAGACUAGAACAUACGCAAUAUGCG